GGCCAGAUGACGUGGCAGUGGCUUGUCUAUAUUUGGCUUUGAGGAAAAGAGGCAGAAAAAGCAGGCAGGCUAGAAGUUGUUUUUGAGGAAGUCUUUUUUUUUUUUCUUUCUUUCUUUUAAGCCACACAUUACAGCACACACACACGCAUACGUACACACAAACAACACUCCACCUGGGCAGACUCCUGUGAUCUGAGAUGCCCCACAGUGUGUCUGAUCUUUUUAAGAACAUAGUUGAAAGAAAGAGUUUAUGUCCACAAAGAGAAAUUGUGUCUUUCCAGUCAUUUCUGGUUGUCUGAGAUGGUGCAGCAGCAGCAGCAGCAGUCAAGUUGGGACAGGAGCGUGUUUGUUCGCAGGCGGUGUUAUCAUUUUUAGAAACCUUGCCAGGACAGACGAUGAAGGGGGGGGUUUGCCCUGACCAGAAGCCUCGAGGCAGCCUGAGUCUCUCCUACCUUUCCCUUCUACUUACAGCAAUUACAGGCCUGCACCCGCAACUAUAAUAACGGUAUAAUGGGAUGGCAGCAGAGCAGCAAUAAAAGCCACCCCUGACAGAUUAACAGUCCUCUCCAAGUUCUGAACUGUAAUUAACAAUGAGACCGAAGAGGAACAGAGAGGAAAGAAAGGAGCUGGAUUGAAAGCUUGAAAAGAUAAAGAUAAAAAGGGAUGGGCUCUCUGUGGAGUGAUUUAAUAAAAUUAGGAUAAGCCUUUAACCCUCAGCAGUGAAUGAGUCUAAGCUGGAAAUCGCACUGAGAUCCCGACUAAAGCUGCAUUUUGAAAUCACUGGAAUCGACUUAUACAUCUAAUUUCUCCCUCUUCCAUUCUGACAUUUUGGCGCUUGAAGAUUUAGUUUGACAUGUUGGGAAAUAAUCUCGUCUGUGCAGAAGUCUGAAGCUACAAGCGACAGCAAGCAAAGAUUCACUUAACAAAUCGACGGAAAAAAAGUUAGCCAGGCUUAGGUAACACAAUCCACCCACUGUAUAAAAACCAGGCAGUUAUGUACCAGUCAAUUUCAGUAACUUCCAGCAGGUCCAAGCCAAAAACAAUUGUCCGGUGUUGCACUGUUGUCUGCGAACACCUCGAAGUCAGAGUACAGGGGGCGCUGUUGGCAUGGUUGGUAGAGCUGGGAAGGAUUCUCAUGUUCACGACUUUUGAGUGUUCACGUCAUGUGGCAACUCAAGACCGUUUGUUGUGAACACACAGGCAAUUGUGUGACAGUUAAAAAUAUUGUGCGUUGACAGUUUGAUGCUGCGUUCACGCAAUGUUGGCAGAAUGGGAAGAGUGGGAAUAACACCUGUUAUUCCAAUUUGGUGUUCAUGCAUUAUUCCAAGGUGGUUAGCCCUGUCCUUAGUGCUAACCUUGUAGUAACACCAGUUUGAUACCAAGAGAAACCGGAUACAACAGCCUACUAAUAUAAUGAGCUCAAUUGUACAAGUAGUUGUUGCUAUUCUGCUUCAUUCUGCUGUGCUUCUGUUGACCUCUGUUGCAUCCAGUAAUUAUCAAGAACAUGGUGUUUCUCUCACCUUGUUUAAAGACUGAAUAACACCAAAGAUAUUUAUCAGGGGUGAACAGAAGCACAGCAGAAUGAAGCUCACAUUUUCUGACACGGGCUGAACAGAAAGUGCGACUCUGCUGUGUCUGGAAGUGGAACAAAAAUAUGCAACAUGUUAGGAAUUUGCCCUGUCUUUAACCCAACUCAAAUUAAAUUGCAUGUCUUUUUUCUGCUUCAUAUCUGCUCUGUAAAAUCACAUGUCCUGUAAAAAGAAACCAAAAGGGGGAAAUUUAUAUUUUCAAUUUUUUAUUUUUGUUUAUUUAUUUAUUUUUUGUUUCAUGGGGGCAUCCACUAGUUAGGCAUUAAUCCAGUGAAGUCCUCUGGUUUGAGUCUAGAAAUGCGACAAAAUUGUGAUUAAUAGCAGCAACUGCUUAUACAAAAUAAGGCUCUGAUCUCACCAUGCAGACAUGAGAGGUGGAGCGUUUAUCAAUCUUCUCAUCUAAUCCUCUGUAAUAAAGAGAAUAAGCAUAUUUCUAAAAAUGCAGAACUAAUCCUUUAUGCCUGAUAUGCCCUCAGGAGAUGUUUACCUGUGGCGAGAGGGUGGUGCAGGCAUUUUUGUGGCGAGCAGAAAUUGCAAAAUGUGUGUGUAUCUCUGUGUGUGCCUCCUCUAGUGAGGGGAAGAUGGCUCUUGCCUACAUAAUCACACACUCCCUUCACUUUGGUGGCAACCCGCCCCACCUCCACCACCACCACCACCACCUCUCUCUACAUCCAGUCCCUCCCUCCCAGACUCCUUCUGUCUGAGUCUCUGUGCAUUUCUCACAGAGGAUCUGCAGAAUAAUGGAGUCACAUCAUGCAGCAGGUCUCCGUGUUUUCAGCAGAGCUUUCACCCCAGCAGGCAUCAGGCUGGAGCUUAUUUAACCUGGGGAUCUGUAAUUUACUGUAAAGUUUACUGUUUUUUUUCUGAAAUUCACAGCACAAGGACUUCUUUCAUAUAUUUUUCUGCGUCAUGUCUUUUUAUGUCGUCUGACGUCUUCUGUGUUUUGAUGUUUAUGUGAGGGGGAUUAACAGGCCCACCAUGGUUUUUCCAACAUAAAUCAACCGUUUUUCCUACGUUUUGGUGCAGGCUGCCUCUGUUUACCUAUAACAGGGAAUGGGAGGAUCUCACUGGGUUUUUUUUUUAUAAGGCUGUAACUAGGUUUUCUCGAAGCGGGUAUGGGCCAGUUUUUUGCGCCACAGAUGGGUCUUUCGGUGGUAAAAGCACAGGAACCCUGCUGCUUCAGAUGAAGUGAGCAGCCCAGGUUUUGGUUUGGAGGAUUUGCGACAUGGGCUGAGCUCCUGUGAUGACUUUUUUCUCCUGAAAGCUGUUGAAUUAUCCGAGGAUGGACGACGGAGACGGAUAAAAAACAAACGUAACUAACAGACUGUAGUUUAAUAUCUUCACCUUUACUUGCUGAAAGCGCGCGCGCACCGGCGCGGAACAACACCGGAGUUUUGGAGCGCACCAGACUGGAACUGAAGCGUCAGCCAAAUUUCCGAUCACUAAAUUGGAGGUUUUUACAGUGGAGUUUGGUUGUUGUAUCAUAUCAUUUGGCAUUUAAAGGCAGUUCUCUUCAGUACUGAUUUCAUGAAUAUAGUUUCUUUUAGAUUUAUUAACUUAAACGUAGACUCUAAGGAAUAAAUGACAAUGCGUCUUUAUGUGUGUGGUACAGGCGCACGUAUGAACAAUGUUAUAAAAUUACCAUAGCAGAAUAAAUGUGAAGUCAGCAGAUGUGGUUUUCCUUUUCCACAUGAAGUGGUUUUGACCAAAAUACUCUGUUAGAGCUGGAUAUUGGAUUCUUGGGGUUUUGGAGGCAUUGGUUUAACCCUCAGGUUUAAUUCUUAAAUCACUUCACGCUCAUAUUUCUUCGUGCUUGGCUUUGAGACUCAGCCGUUAGUCACAGUCCACCACAGUGACCUUCGUUGUUUCAGCUGGAUUUCCCUCCUUCCCUACGUCUCCUCGCCGGACAAUGUGGCUCCCCCGCCUCGCGCUGCUGCUGCUGAUCCGGUUCUCCGGUGUGUUGCUAGUGGAGGGGCUCAACACGUGCCAGUCCAUCAACCUGGACGCACAGAAAUCCCGGCGCAUCGAGGCGGUCCGUGGACAGAUCCUCAGCAAGCUCCGCAUCCGCAGCCCGCCGGACGAUGACGACGCUCCGCCGCCUGGCCCGGUGCCCCCGGAGGUCAUUCUGCUGUACAACAGCACGCGGGAGCUGCUCAAAGAGCGCGCGCGUCUGGCCGAGUCCGCGUGCGAGCGCGAGAGCAGCGAGGAGGACUAUUACGCCAAAGAGGUGCAGAGGAUUGACAUGCUGCCCCCCCGCACCGACACAAAUGCUGUGCAGCCAGUGGCACCCAGCCCCCACUACAGAGUCGUCCACUUUGACGUCAGUGGAGUCGACCUGACCAACAGCACCCUGGUCAUGGCUGAGUUCAGGAUCUUCAGAGCUCCCAACCCGCAGGCCCGGGCCUCAGAGCAGAGAGUGGAGAUCUUUCAGCUGCUGAAGCCAGAUGAAGACAGCACCUCCACUCAGCGUUAUAUUGAUUCCCGCACGGUUCAGCCGAGGGCAAAAGGAUCCUGGAUCUCUGUGGAUGUCACAGAGACCAUUAAAGACUGGCUGUCAGAUCCAGAGAAUAAUCUUGGCCUGAAGUUGGGUGUCCACUGUCCCUGCUGCACUUUCGUCCCAUCCACCAACAACAUUGUUCCCAAUAAGAGUGAGGAACUGGAGGCCCUGUUUGCGGGUGUGGAUGACGAGCAGCUUCGUCAGAUAAGAAAGCCCGGUCAGGUUAAAGGCCAGGCGGAUUUCAGCACCAAGACUCCACACCUCAUCCUCACCCUGCUGCCCAGUGACAGAGUCGACAACCCAGCCAAAAAGAACCGCAAGAAGAGGGCAGCCGCGACAGACUCCUCGACAUGCUCCCGUGGCUCAGACCAGGGCUGCUGCUUGCGCUCGCUCUAUAUCGAUUUCAGGCGGGACCUCAACUGGAAGUGGAUCCAUGAACCCAAAGGUUACAAAGCUAACUUCUGUGCGGGGAACUGUCCUUACCUCUGGAGUGCCAACAACCACUACAACAUGAUCCUGCCCCUGUACAACAAGCUGAACCCUGAGGCCUCUGCCUCACCCUGCUGCGUUCCUCAGGACCUGGAGCCCCUUACCAUCAUGUACUUCAUAGGCCGCACACCACGUGUUGAGCAGCUCUCCAACAUGGUCGUCAAAUCCUGCAAGUGCCGCUGAGAGAAGCGAGUUCAGAGGAAGAGGUGAGGGGGGGAGGACAGAGAGGAGGAGAACCAUUACAGGACUAAACCUACAAACUGCUUCGCUCAGGGGGAAAUAAAGACGAGAGGACAGAUGGAUCCUUUGCGCAUUAAUCUUCGCUGUUUGAUCUUCUUUAGCAGAUUUUUGAGAUGUUAUUUUUUUACGCUACCUGACUCAAAUAUCAGGAUUUUGCUCCCAUUCUUUAAGAGGCAUGAAAACUUUUCAGAUCAUAUUCCCUCUCUCUCUGGAACUUUCCAUCUGAUAUAGGACACUGUAAAUAUGACAACAAAGCUGAAUUAAACCUGUACUUGGAAAUUAAAAAGGGGGUGUUGUGUGAUUUGGCCACAUUUGGUCUGUCUGCUGCAUAAAAAAAGAUUCUUUUUUAUCAGGAUUUUAAUUACCCCUCCGUCGAGUUCCUGCAGCCGUGGGCAGCUUGAUGUGUGCUUGUUUGCUUUAGGUUUGAAGGUGUUGAUAGGAAGGAGGCGGCGUGGAAAGGUUUGCAGACGGAGAUCUUGAGGCGAGGGAGGCAGGGAGCAGAUAGAAAAGAGAGAGAGGAGCUGUGUCCAGGCAGAGGCCCUGCCAGCUCUCUGCGGUCCCGGGCUGAAAUCUGCCCGGCGUAAACAGGAUGUGAAAGAUUUCCAGACACCGACCCGACCACUCACGGAACGCUAGAUUUAAAUGCUCCCCUCAUCUCCUCUGUCUCUCUCACUCUCUCUCUCUGUUGCUCGAGGUUCUGGGAUUUGUGGUGGGAGGAGAGAGGGAGAAAAGAGAGGCUUUGAAAAUGAGACGUGGGAUGAUAGGGCUGUAUUUGGAACGGCUACAAGUUCGGAAGGUGGUAUUUUGCAGUCUUAGCAAAUUUGUAACUAUUUGGGUCUGGCUCAGAAAUUCCGUAAUCACACUGUCAUGCUCAUUUUCUGAAUGUGCAUUCAUUAUCUUAUUGUAAAAAGCUGUUGACUCAUUGCUGUUCCUAUGCUAUGAUUAUAUUCUGUCAUACCUGUGUUUAUCAUCAGUCUCACUGAUUCACUCACGCACAAACACACACGCACACGCGAGUCUCUCUCUCUCUCUCUCUCUCUCUCUCUCUCUCUACACCCAAGUGUCCACAUUGACCACUUUUGAUAGAAUGUCUAAAUGCUGAAAAUAAAAAACAUCCCCAGGGCUCAUUUUAAAUAUAGGCUCUCUGGUAUGCCAGUGGUUUGUGUGUGUGUGUGUGUGUGUGUGUGUACGUGUGUGAGAGAGAGAGAGAGAGAGAGAGUGUGUGAGUGAGAGACAGAGAGCAACUGGGUGUGCUGUGUGUGUGUAUGUAGCUGGUGAGGUCAUGCGUGAUAGCACAGAAAAUACUUCCUGAAUUUAAUUGUGAUUGUGUAUGUGUGUGAAAAACAUCUGGAGGCAGAUGUUCUGUCUGUGACCCUGCUGAAAGUUGUGAGAUGCAGAUAUUUCAUAUUUUGAGGCGUUUUGAAAACCCGAUGGACAGUAAAGUUUUAGUGGAAUAGGAUGUAGUCCAGUUUGAGCUUGUCACAACAACAUCUGGUCAUAGAUGUAUUACCUGAGCCAGUGGGUUUCAUGCAUUCACUCAUCUUACUGCUCUGCCACAGGAAACACUUGUUUCUGAAUUCCUGGCAAAUGUUGGUUAAUAACCUUAUGUAACUGGACACCUCAAACACUGAAUUUACCACCAAGGAUAGGUCCAAAGAUAGAGACAAAAAAAAAACAAGAAAAACAUUAACCUCUGAUGCUGUCCAGUCAUAUAGGUAGUUUUGAUUUGUCUCUGAGGUUGAUGCCUCCACACGUAUUCAGUAGAGGUAAAUGGGGUUUAGUUUUUGGUGGCCUGAUAAUCAGGCAGAAUGGCAGUUAUGUGUUCAGCUCAUUAUUCAGUCUGUUACUGUGAUCAUUUUAGCCAUUUUCUGUUCAUCCUGUCAUCAUUUCAGCUGACACAGACGUCACAUCCAGACAGACCUCUGCAGUGCUAGUUUUUCCAUUUCUUAGUUGUAAUCUCUGACGCCUCUGUUUAGCUUGCAAACAUCUUGGGCUUAUGGGAAAUGGUGUUCUUUAAAAACUGCUAAAAAUAAAUACUGAAUAAACGACAA